AUGGAAGAAAUCUUGAACAUUCAAACACCGGUUAUGUUUGAUGAGUCUGUCGCCCACUACGAGACUCACUCACACAAACCGUAUGCCUCUUCAAGUUCCAAUAACAGCGAUGAGAUAAGGAUAGCCGUACAACAUCAAGAUCUCACCCUACUACGGAGCAAGAGCUCGCUGCAUGUUUACGGUAGACUUAUGAAAACGGAUGGAACUGUAGCGGUGGCUACAACUCUCGUAAACAAUGCAAUCUGUGAUUUAUUCGAAGAAGUGCGUUUCGAAUUGAAUGCUAUAGAAAUCGAUAGAAGCAAAAAUGUAGGUCUCACCAGUCUGAUGAAAGGCUACGCUUCUCUGAAUCCCGGUCAAGCUUGGUUAAUGGAAAAUGCGGGUUGGUUAGAUGUUGAGGAAAGGAAUCAAAAACUCACCGAUUCUAACGGAUAUUUUGAUGUGUCUGUACCGUUGAGUACGAUUUUGGGGUUUGCUGAAGAUUACUGCAAGAUCGUCGUUCACGCUAAACCUGAGUUAAUCUUGACGAGGUCAAAAACGGAUGCAAACGCGGUACUGCAAUCAGCGGACGAAGAUUACAAGAUUCGGAUCGACAAAGUGGAAUGGUUGAUACCGCGAACGAUUCCAAAGAAAAAAAUUUCUGAUUUCCAAACUUGGGGGGCUAACUUCACAUGGGUACUUAUUCGGGACUAUGCUUGA